AUGCGUCAAGACGAGAACCAAGUCAGUUUUCACAAGAUGUUCGUGGCAAUAAAUCCCGACUCCGCAGCAACAGGAUUUUGUGUUGUGACAGAUGAAGACUCCCGAGACUGUCGAGGAUGUGGAAUUCUUUCUAAAGGAAGGGGGGUCUGCAGAAUACAAAGCCACAUCGAAGGGGGGAGAGAGGGAGUACACUGUGUAGGGGUGGGGAGGAUUGUUGAUGAGAUUGUGGAUGAGGAUGAAGCUGAGGAUAUAGAUGAGGAUGAGGAUGAAGAUGAGGAUGAAGAUAAAGUUGAGGAUAAAGAUGAGGAUGAAGAUAAAGAUGAGGAUAAAGUUGAGGAUGAGGAUGAGGAUAAAGAUAAAGUUGAGGAUAAAGAUGAGGAUAAAGAUGAGGAUGAAGAUAAAGUUGAGGAUGAAGAUAAAGUUGAGGAUAAAGAUGAGGAUGAAGAUAAAGUUGAGGAUAAAGAUGAGGAUGAAGAUAAAGUUGAGGAUAAAGAUGAGGAUGAAGAUAAAGAUGAGGAUGAAGAUGAGGAUGAAGAUAAAGUUGAGAAUGAGGAUGAAGAUGAGGAUGAACAUAAAGAUGAAACUGAGGAUGAGGAUGAGGAUGAAGAUAAAGAUGAGGAUGAGGAUGAAAUUGAGGAUAAAGAUGAGAAUGAGGAUGAAGAUAAAGUUGAGGAUGAGGAUGAGGAUGAAGAUAAGGAUGAGGAGGAGGAUGAAAUGAGGAUGAAGAUAAGGAUGAGGAUGAAGAUGAAGAUAAGGAUGAGGAUGAAAUGA